AUGGGUCAUCAUCUCCUCUGGAUUCAACCCGCCAAACUAGUCAUCGGACUUAAGGUUCUCUACGCCAUCGACCUCAUAAACAUUCUCGCUCUUAGCAUCCCCAAAUUAGCCAUUCUCUUUCUCUACAAACGACUAUUCAUCAUAUCCAAGCUGACAAACCAUGCGAUAAAAGGUGCAACAUAUGCAGUUUACUUCUUCAUCAUCGUUCUCGAAGCAAUAGCAAUUUUUCAGUGGCGUACCAAUCUCCGACGCUUUCAAAACAGGGCCGAGGAAUUCACAUCGAUGUAUCGACAAUACGGCUGUAUUGACCUGGGCAACCGUACCCAGUAUCAUGACUGA